GUUGUUGCCUGAAGACUGCUGCCUCACCACACAUGAUGUGGCUGACUCUUGUUUACAGCUGCGCCGGUGGAGCUGCUCUGCUCUACGCUCUCUACCGAUGGCUGAUCCCGGCGGCCGUGCAGCAUCACGCAACACUGGCGCUGCUCUGGCACGAUGUGUUUGUGGAGUGGAUGCUGGACACGCUGACCCGCUCCACACGACCUCAGAGGCUGUUGAAAGCAGUACAGAAGAACGGCACUAGAGGGGACCCUCUUAGCGUAGUCAAAGCCAUCGACGACUUCUGCAGACACAAGGAGUGGGCCAUGAACGUGGGAGAUGAAAAAGGCUGUAUAAUGGAUUCCGUGGUGUCAGAGGCCAAUCCCAGAACAGUGCUUGAGCUGGGGACUUACUGUGGAUAUUCAGCGAUCAGAAUUGCCCGACUGCUUCAGCCGAAUGCCACAAUGAUCACGCUUGAGUUUAACCCCGAGGUUGCCGCCAUCGCUCGACAAGUCAUUGCCUGGGCCGGACUGGAGGACAAGGUGCACUUAGUGGAAGGAGCGUCUGGUGACCUGAUCCCAAAAAUGAAAGAGAGGUUUGGGGUGGAAACAUUUGACCUGGUUUUCUUGGAUCACUGGAAGGAUCGGUACCUUCCUGACACCAGACAGAUUGAGGAGUGUGGCCUCCUCCGAAAGGGAAGCAUCCUGCUGGCCGACAACGUCAUCUGUCCCGGGACCCCUGAUUACCUGGAGUAUGUCCGCAGCAGCCCAAAGUACAAGAGCCAGUACUUCAAAUCCCACCUGGAGUAUACCAAAGUGGAAGACGGACUGGAGAAGUCGGUCUUCUUAGGGUAGCCAAGUUACGUAGCACCACCUUCUGUGAUCAAAUCUCUGUGUGUGAUUUCUGCAGUCAGCUUCUGUGUUCAGGUGUGGAACUGAAGGAUGGGAUUUUCAAUAAAAAUGUGUGUUUGUGUGGGUUGUCCACAGCCUCCUUUCAUCGUGCUACUGUUCGCAGGUGUGUGUGUGUGUGCGUGUGUGACAGAGAGAUCCAGUAUGAAUCAAAUGGCUGCUCAUCUAAUCUCUG